AUGGUCUGUCCAUCCAAUAGUUUGGUCUCUUACGUGAUAUUAGUUUUGGGGACGAUCUUGAAGGCGGUGCAGAGCUUGGACUUUACACAAGUAGCUCUGAGCUCCUUAUUUAUGGAUAAUUAUGUGUCCGAUUUGCUCUCCAACCAUAUCUUACUUAAUCAGUCAUUUUCUUUCCAAUCCCUUGGGAGCAUCGAACUAUAUUGCUCCCAAAUACAAGUUUUUCUUUCAAUCAUUCAAGGGCCCUCUGCACAGGUGAUUUGGGAAGAGGGAUUCCUAGGGCGUGAAUCCUUCAAAACCUGCUUCGGAACUAAUUCCACGGACAAGUCGAGGAUUCGACGGGAGGCCCUUCGAGACGAAAAGUAUUAUCAAAACAAUCCCCAUUAUCACUAUGACCCUUAUCUGAACGGGGAGCACCCUCCGGUGAGCUACGGCAAAGGACCAGUCUACAAACCGGACAAGCGGAAGAAGUUUCCUCGGUUCUUUGGACCUUUCCCGUUAGGGUUCACGUUCAGAGAUCCACUUCGACCUUUUCCUGAAGGAAGUCUCUUCCUGCUCACGCCUUCUUUGCUCAUCCCAUUCAUUCCGUUUGGCGUGUUCGAGUACCGAUUUCCUAUCGGGGUUUUUAUGAACUACAUCAUCGAACGUUUGAACGGAUACAAAGAAACCGGCCGCCAUUUCCAAAAUGAUCAGUACGAUUUCUUCACGUGGGCAGAGGAUAUGCUUACCAAUACCAUGGCCAUAGAAGGCCGAUCUUGCAUCCAAAGGCUCAUCUGCGAGAUCUCGGCCCAUCCCAUUGAUCAUCUGAGUUUUCUGGGGGAUCUCAUUCAUUAUCUCAUAGAACCCCGUCAAGGAGGAGCUCGUUCCAUGGACGAUUAUCUGGAAGCUCAGCUCAUCGGCCACAGAACUGGAGAAUGCGCCCAUCGAUUUCGCCGAUGUCCCUUCUCGAUAUUAAAUCUGAUUGAUAAACAGCAUGCCAAGCGAAAGAAGCGAUAAUACAAGGCGGAUACUUAA